UUUAUGGUUUGACUAUGAAUUCAUCUUGAAAAAAAGAAACACUUCCUGUGGGACUGAUUGUGUGUUGGUGUGUGAAUGUUCACUAGAGACAGAGAGUCAAAGAGAGAACCACCAGCUCCCAUUUACAUUUUUCUGACUUUCUGAAAAGACAGUUUGUUGUAAAUCAUAUCCUUUUAGAGACUUUUACAGAUUUGACCCAAACAUCGAAAACAUCAAGAAACAGAUAGUAAGGUUAUAUAGGAUGGCUGUUCAGGCUGUGCUCAUCGUCCUCCUCAUGUUUGCAACCACAGUGAAGACUGUAACAGGACAAGCAACAUUCUUCAAAAAAGACGUCACACUUACCUGUCCUCAAGAUGGAACCUGGCAUAUGGAAGAUACUAAAGUGCAAGAUACAGGAUAUUCAUUCACAUUCCCAUAUGAAAGCCAAGUCAAAUACAGAUGUGAAUAUGCUAAAGGGGAUGACAGUACAACAACCAUGAAAUAUUAUUUCUAUGUCAAAGGAAAGGCUUGUGAUAACUGCUUUGAACUGGAUGCCGUGUUCUUCCUCGUGAUCAUCUUUAUGGAUAUAAUCGGGACCGUUGUUGUGAUGAUGAUAAUCUACAGGUGCGCCAAAAAGAAAAGCUCAGAAGUACCACCACCCUCCAUUAAACAAGCGCAUCCGAGACCAGGACACCGGGCUCCACAAGACCAAUUUUCUCACUAUGACUCACUCAACCCUAACACUCGAUCGGAAACCUACUCUACUGUUGUGAACAGUGGUAUGCUGAACAGGACCGGAUAGACACAUGUCCUCAAUUAUAAAACUCCUUAUAUACGUGUAGUGCAGGUAUAAGCAAAAUAGAUAGCGUACACCACUGGAGAAAAGUUACGUUUUGUUUUAUUUCAAGUUUCCAAUUUAUUAAAGGUGUUGCAUCAUGCAAAAAUGUAUAGAUUCCAUCUGUACAUCUUAUAUAUUAUACCAUCUUGAUGUCAUUGUAUGGCCUCAAGAAACACAAAAUCUUGAGACAUUAAACAUUGUUAUGGCUGACACAAACCUUAUCGUCCUAUUGGUAUGCACACCUUUUGUUCACUAAGGUCUACAAAAACAUUCUCAGCAAGUAUAAUUUGUGACAAAGGUGUUACACAGGAAGUUAUUGUGUUAUAUAGUACUAAUUGAAAGAAAGUACAUCUGUAUUGUGUCCGAUCUGGGAUUCAUUUUGAUUAAGUAGUAACACCGGUGUGAAGUCUGUGGUGUGCUUUUGGAAACCUAAAGUUAAAUUUAUGUCAUUCUACAACCUGGUAAAGAACAGAUUGUUUAUAUAUGCAAACCUUGGAAUGGAAAGAAGGUGGACAAGUUUCAUUUUUACCACUUUUUAGAACUGUCAGUGUUCCCAGGUUAGGGUAUUUUGAGGUUGUAGAUAUAAUGCUUCGAAUAUUCAAACUUUUUAUUGGAUUUAAUAAAAAUCACAAUUGUAUGAUCAAACUGAAUUAUAUAUGCUUUGCUUUUUCUUUUUGUUUAUAAAACUGCAUGUGGGCUAAUACUGACGUUGACUCAGGACAUUGUCACAUGAGCAGCAAGUCUUUUGUCACACAUUUUCCUCAUCUUUUUGUCUUAUUUCUGAUUUUAUUUGGAUAUUUUUAUAGUUUUAUCUGUGUUUCGGUAAUCGAAAUAAACAUGUAAAACAAAUUGUCCAA